CCCCACUCCCCACUUGUCAACUUUUGUAACCGCCCUCAUCUUUGGUCUAUAAAAAUGUGAAUUUUGCUGUUCACUCUCCACUUCUCUUCUCUCAACUUUGCUGCUGUGUCGCUGGCGGAAGACAUUCAAGCCCAAUCAUGAGCAGGAACUUCUUGGCCAAAAAUAAUGAGAUGCGCAGGGGAGACUACCUGCUGUCCAAUAACAAGCAGUUUAAGGCCAUUUUUCAGGAUGACGGUAACUUUGUCAUCUAUGGCUGGAAGCCCACGUGGUCUUCAGACACUGCAGGAUCAGACGUUUUCCGCCUUUGCAUGCAAGAAGACUGCAACCUGGUCAUGUACAACAAGGCCAACAACCCUAGGUGGCACACAAACUCCCAUAAAGGCAACGCCAACAUGUGCCGUGUUCAACUGACCGAUGAUGGCAAACUGGUGGUGAGCAAAGAGUAUGAAGAAAUCUGGAGCUCUGCAACCUCCAAAGGCAUGAAGUGAUGCUUGUGUGACACCAUCAUAGGGUGUAAACCUUCACUGAGGUUAUUAAAGCAUAAAAAAGAUUUUCUAUUUUCUUUCUAGUUAGCUUUGAUGAGGCUCUGCACCUCAACUUCUUCAUGUGUAUUUCCUUUUUACACUACAGCUUCCAUGCUGCUGUAAAACACAAAAGAUUGUUAACAAGUGGCAAGCAUAACAAAAAUAAAGAUUUUUAAUGCCUCUCAGUGUGGAACAAGUAUCCAAAUCUUAAAAUAAAAGCUAUUUCACCAGCGU